CUAUUCAAUAAAUUUGAUAUAAUCCUACGUUCAUCAACCAGGCAAUACACAUAUCAUUUAACUAGGUUAAGAACAAGAGACCAUAUUAGAGGAUUUAAUUAGGCUAAUAACUAUUGACAUUUUCAUAUUUGCUGUUACAUAUUUGAGGUGCUAUAUUUUUACAUAAGAUAGGUGUUCUAGUCAAUAUCUUAUGUACUAUGAUCCGCGUCUAUAUAUUUUAUCAAACACAACUAUAAGAAAUUGGCAGUUUGCUAUUUUGAUCAAAUCGAUUUCCCCUACGGUUCUACCGUUUUAGAGUAUGUGUGGCUGUCUGUAUAAAUGUAAUACCACUGAUCGAACCCUCUAGAUUCAACAUUCGAAUAAAAAAUCUAUAAUAUGGAAUGCAUAUAACAUUUUUAAAUUGGAAGUGUGGAAUCCUCCAGAUUGAACACGUCGGGUUGUGUAAAAUUUACGGAAUGGGACAAAUGGCGGUGGUUAAAAUUACGUUGCAGUAUAUGCCACUCACUUCAAGUUCUAUUUAUAGACCAUCAAUAAACAAAUUUAUCUCUAAGUGAGGCUUCAAGCAAAUCUUCGAACUUCAACAAUGUCUAGCUCAAACUCCCUUCUCUUAUUCUUCUCCGUCUUGUUCACGUUAAUCUUCUCACUCGUACCUGUCAAUUCUGAUAUCGAAGUGGAGAAACCACCUCAACCGCUCCACCCGGUAGCUCCUGUGGGCAAACCGUCAGCACCUCCUCAGCCGGCACCAACGGUUAAACCGCCUUCACCUCCAACUACACCGCUUCUACCACCAGUUAUGCCAAAAGAUUGCCCUAAGUUGUGUGAUGUUAGAUGUGGUUCGCAUUGGAGACCGAAGGUAUGUAUUAGAGCAUGCAGAACAUGUUGUCUCAGGUGCAAAUGUGUACCACCCGGCACGUAUGGAAACAGAGAGAAGUGUGGCAGAUGUUACACAAAUAUGACUACUCAUGGUGGUCGACCUAAGUGUCCUUGAUCCGCUUAAAUAUCUUCUCUGUAGCUUUGUAAGAUCAAAUGUUUAAUGUCACUUUCUGAGUAGUCGACCUAAGUGUCCUUGAUCCGCUUAUAUAUGGUUUAUGUAACUUUGUAUGAAAAGAGAUUAAUGAAAAAACCUGAUGUCAAAUUUCACUGCUAUUUCAGUUAUCUUUGUAUACAUUUCAGUGAUAAAUUUUCGAAUUUUUUAUGGAAAUUAGGGACAAAGUUUGAGUUUUGGCCUCGACUUCUCUUAGUUGAAAAGAAUGUUUAUAUAAAUAUUAGUAAAAAUCGGCCAACAUAACAAAUAAAAUUACUUGAAAGAUUCGGGUAUAUGGUCAGCUCUUUUUAUGGCUUUGACGGCCAAGAUCAAUGACAAUGUACACAUAUUGUGGGUCCGAUAUAGCACAUGCUUCGACAAGAAUCACAACUGUGUCUAGCUCAUUACAUUUUUCUUUUCAAAUUUAUCCUUUAAUUAAAUUUUUAAAUAACUAGUCUUCUAGAGUAAAGUACAUGCAAAACUUAGGAUCAUACAAUGAACCGUUAUAGUCGUUAACAAUGUCUCUAAUAAAAAGUGAUUUCAAGUUCGAUCAUCAUCGCUAUUCGGACUAAAGCUAUUAUUCAAAUUGGGGCGAAUUAAUGGGGGUUAUGUGUAACUUAAUAGUACGCUUCACUUAAACGUCAUGAAAAUGACCUGGGUCCGAUAUUUGUGAAGCCUACUUGACGGAUACAAUCACCUUAAACCUGUAUGAAAAAUAACAUACUAUAGAACCUGACAUCUUUGUCACAUAGUUAGACCUGAUUUCUAAGAUCUACCUAAGUUUACCGUAACUUUGCAUGUAGUUCUCAGAAUCACACCAUGUUGAUAUAUUGUUGUCAUCAUCAGUUCACUACUACCAUCACCGACACCAUUACAAUUCAUCACAUCAUUAUCACAUAAUCACCAUUAAUAAAAUAAACCAUUUGACGAACAUAUUCGGAUAAGAAAAUGUAUUAGGCAAAUCGGUACACGUUCUCUUUUUUUUUUUUUUUACAGAAUCCGAAAUUUGAAUUCUUGGAAUUUAGCAACAACUAACAAACGCAGUGGUCUGACCUAAACAUAUUGCAGAAUAUACAUUAUUUAUCCGAAAUAAUCUUUUUAGUUUCUACAAUAUGUAUAUGAAUCAUUUAAAAAUACUAUCAAUAUGCUUCCAUUUAGAUGGAAAUAAGAGAGUCAGAAACACAUUUGGAUUCUCUUACACUGUCGAUAUCUUUUUUGAUAAUUUGGACCAUUACAGUUGGAUUUUGCUGUUAUUUCUUCUAUUGGGUUUAGUAAUAGUGGUGAUACAAACAGAAGAUAACACUUGUUAGCCAACCCCAAGACGCCUGUUUAUUAUCAUUAUCAGCACCGACAUUAUACAUAAACAAAUAAUCACAAGUACCAUAAAAUGUUUAUGAGCGGUGAUUAUAAAAAUACUAAGAUAGUGCAUCACAUAGAUAGUAGGACUGCCAUUACAGCCCAAACGAGAUUUCUUAAACUUAGUGCUUAUUAGGCAUGAUUCAGGGGACCAUUCCGUUAUCAUCAAGCAUAGCUGCAUAGGUAAGAUAAUCAUAUACUAGCUUUUAAUAAAAAAAUUCAAAGCAUCAUUUCAGUUUAGACAAAAAGAUGACACUUUCUGUCUUCAAAACAAGUGUACAUGGUUGAGAUAGAUUUCGAAAUGUAUAUUAUCUUUUAGUCCAACGUUACGAACUAAAAGUCAAUAGUACUUUUUAAUCCAUUGUUACUACGAACUAUAAGUCAUAACAAUUAUGAAAUUGCGGAAUCAGCCACAAAACUUUCAAUUAAUCAAAUAAAAUCCAUGAGACUCUUCUCUGUCUUCUCCGCGUGGACGAGAGAGUAUCACACACACACAAAGUUUAGAUGCAUGUGAACUACGUAAUGUCCGUCAAUUUCUCUAUUGAUUUUUUAGUUUAAUUUAUCUACACAAAUAAUUGAACAAAACAUAUGCUGCAUUAUCAUUUCAUUUUACGUAAUUAUCCCUAUACACAUUUUUAAAAGAGAAAAAUUAUCCCAUAUACAUCACCAAACUAGUUUGUCUUAUACUAAUUUCAAAAUUUCAGUGGAUAUUCUAACAACUAAUUUCCUUUAAUCAAAAACUCAUUUUACCUUUUUGAAUCAAUCUUUUGUUUGGUUCAAAAUAGAUCAAUUCGUAUCAAUUUCUUUAGUAAACCGCGCUUUAAUGCCAAUAAACCGGUC